AUGGACCAUGUCUCAAUACAAGGAAAGAUACGAGAGUUUGAAGCGCGAAUCCGUCGAUGGCGACAGUUGAAAUUUGGCUUCGGUGAGACGACACACAGGAGAUCGACUUCACAGGAACCGACGAAAGCGUGUGACCGAGACGCUCCAAAUCGUGAGCACUUGCAAAGGAAACCUCUUCCGAUUUGCUCGACGAGUCCACUGCCACGCAAACAAAUGAACCAUAACGGCAUUUCUCCGCUCAACUUUGGCGCCGGAAGGGUGAACACGGAGAACGAUGAAGUGAAUCGCCGCUUCGAGGCUGUUCGAGCUCAAUCCGGCCUAUUGAGGCUAGGUGGAAAGAUCGAGAAAUGCAGCUAUGGAGAUCUUCAAUUCAUGGAGGAUAUCGGGCAUGGCAGCUGUGGCCACGUUCAGAAGAUGCAGUAUAAAGGCCAUGUAAUGGCUGUCAAGCAAAUGGCACGUACGGGUAACGCGGAUGUGUCAAGGCGGAUUCUCAUGGAUCUCGAUGUGGUGCUUCGGUGUCAAAGCAGGCACAUUGUGAUUUGCUACGGCUUCUUUAUCACUGAUUCUACGGUGUACGUGUGCAUGGAGUUGAUGGCGACUUGUUUGGACCGAUUCCUUGCCCGGAUUAAUCCCAAGCGCGUUCCUGAGCCAUAUAUUGGCCAAAUGACUGUGUCCAUAAUAUCAGCACUCAAUUAUCUCAAAGAGGGAAUGAGCAUAAUCCACCGUGAUGUGAAACCGUCAAACAUUUUGCUCGAUUGGGAUGGAAAUGUGAAACUCUGUGACUUUGGAAUUGCUGGACAGUUGAUAGAGUCGAAGGUGUUCACGCGUAAUGCCGGCUGCCCACCGUACAUGGCUCCAGAGCGCUUUCAACCGGAUGUGAAUGGUAUGGCUCCGUACGAUGUUCGAUCAGACGUAUGGUCGGUGGGAAUCACGCUGGUCGAGCUGGCGAGAGGAACUUACCCGUAUCCCGGUGGGUCCGAGUUCGAAAUUCUGACCGCUCUUCUCCAAAUGCCCGCACCGAGUCUCUCCGUUGAGGAGGGUUUCACUCCUGAAUUCUGCAACUUUGUCGAACUUUGCCUGAACAAAGAUGUUGAAAAGAGACCCAAAUACGAUGUGUUAAUGCAACACCCCUUCUACCUACGGAGCCUCCACGAUAGUGUCAAUUUGGGCGAUUGGUUCCAGGAUCACAUGUCCCAAGAAGAA